ACGUGCAGAGUUGGCCCCCCUUGCGUAUUCUUCAUCUCUGAUUGAAACAUUGUUUCCGAUUCUGCUCUCCCAUCCUCAUCCAUUCACGCAGCAGAGUACUGCAUUGAAUCACAUCAGCGGCCAACGCAUCGUCGAGCUUCUGCUGUCGUAGCCUCGGUAUAUAAGGGUCGUCGUCAUCCCAGCAUAACGACUGUUGAUCCAGAGCCAGGCGUCAGGCCGCAGUGAGAGACACUGCACUUCCAUAUCAUCUCCCAGAUCCAGAUUGUCCAUAUUCGCCACGUAUCAGCCGCGCAGCAUGGCCUCGCAGCACCAGAUCCCUGGACAUGGCGAUGUGCUGGACAUUGGCGGAAGCCGAAUGCAUGAGGACAUUGGAGAGAGGCUUUCGAGGGUUCUCACUGCCGUCUAUGGCCCCAAUGCAAAGCCAACGCUUCCAGACGAGCUUCUGUAUACCGACGUCGGACUGCCCAUAUGGAACGAGAUAAUCUUCACGCCUGAAUUCUAUCAGACGCACGACGAGAUCGCGCUCUUCGAUGCCCACGGAAGCGAGCUUGCGAAGCGACUCCAGCCUGGAGCAACCUUGAUCGAUCUGGGGGUUGGUGACACCCGCAAGGUAGAGCAUCUGUUGGCGUGUUUCGAACAGGCGCAGCUAGAGGCCACCUACUUGGCCCUCGACAUCUCGAAAGCAUCCUUGGAGCAUAGCGUGGGCUACUUGCUCGACAAGCAUGCGGCACCGGAUGCCAAGGUAACCUGCGCAGGUUUGUGGGGGACAUUCCAGGACGGAAUGACGUAUGUCCAGGGCAUCAAGAGCCAGAGGCUGUUUCUCUCCUUGGGCUCCGUGCUUUGCAACGACCCCUGGCCCGAAGCCCUGAACCACCUCAAGUACUGGGCCAAAGCGCUCCGGCCCAACGAUCUCCUCUUGGUGGGAAUGGACGGCCACCUACUGCCCCAGGACAGGGACAAGAUCUGGGCAGCCUACCACUCGCGAGACGAUCUGUACCGGAAGUUCUUCCUCCACGGUUUUGAACAGGUGAACAAGGCGAUUGGGGAGGACUGGUUCCGGGAGCAAGACUGGGACUUCAUGGCGCAGCUCGAAGACAAGCCAACGACUCGGCACCGAUUCUUCUUUCGCGCCAACAAGGACGUCACCAUCCACAAGCUUGGCCGGACGUUCAAGAAGGGCGAAGAGCUAGACUGGUUCGACUCUCACAAGUACGGGGAGGAGAGCGUUCGACUCAUGUGCCAUAAGGCGGGACUGAGUGUGAUCAGUGUCUGGCAAGCACCCAACUCCGAGUUUCGGCAGUAUCUUCUCAAAACGAAGGGGGAGUUGGACCAAAAAGAUGAUGGAGAUAGCGCCGUAUCAGGGCUAAUCUUGUAA